AUGAAUUCACCACUGGGCUCUUGGAACGUUGCGCCGAAUGGCAGCGAUCAGUUUGUCAGAGAUGGAUGGGACAUAAAGGUCAUUUGCUCAGUUCUGUUCAUAAAGCUGGAGUUGACGACGAAACAGAUGAUUCCUACUAUACUUCUGACCAUAUCCUUCAACACCUUCAAGUACGACAGCAUCAGUUUGCUGCUCUGCAACGGUUUCUUCUUUCCUCGAAAGCGGCAGCAAUCAAGCGAUGGAUUUCAUGCCGAUAUAGAGGUGGUAGUGAACGAACUGGAAAGGAACGUUGUAAAUCGAUUCCGAGAGCUCAACGUGUGCGAGGAGGAGUAUGUACUGCUGAAACUAGUCUUUCUCUUCAGUCAUAGUGAGUCAAUUGCAAAACUUGCAAUAUUAUAA